UGCUCUCUAGCCCUGCCCUGGCACAGCCAUCCUGUGCUAGAGAAAUACCUCACCUCCUCCACCCUAUCCUGGCACACUGCCACCAGGGCCGGAGGCUAGAGCGGGGCCGAGGCCUGGAGGCUGCCCCCUGGAGCUGCUUGGCGGGGUGCCGCCUGCCCUAUCUACGAGCAGCACGGGACACCGCUCUGACGGAACCAGCCGGCACCAGUACGCUAGAGGCGGGCUCCUGAGAUGUGAUUGUUCCUGCGCCAGACCGUCGCCCCCCGCGCGGGAGUCGCUGCUGUGACGUCUGCGGUUACUAUGGCAAUGCCGUUGCGUGCUGUGUGAUUGGCCGGCGGGGUGGAGGGACACGUCUGCCGCUCGGAUUGGUGCGCGGCCCAGCCUGGGCUUCCCCCGCCUGAGGAGCGCGGCGGAGCCGGACAGGUGAUGAGGCCCGUGAAUGAGCGCGGGCUGGGCCGGGCAGUCGGAGUGACGGUCGGACAGGGGGCGGGACCCGGAAAGGGAGCGGAGCAGGCUCUGACCCCCCGCGCGCCGGCCUGACGUGGCGGCUUCCCGCACAGAGCGAUGAAGGCGCUGAUCCUGGUGGGCGGCUACGGCACCCGGCUGCGGCCGUUGACGCUCAGCACCCCGAAGCCGCUGGUGGAGUUCUGCAACAAGCCCAUACUGCUGCACCAGCUGGAGGCUCUGCGCCAGGCGGGCGUCGAUCACGUUAUCCUGGCUGUCAGCUACAUGUCGGAGGUGCUGGAGGGGGCGAUGCGGAAGCAGGAGCAGCGGCUAGACAUUCGCAUCUCCCUGUCCCAUGAGAAGGAGCCACUGGGCACAGCGGGGCCCCUGGCGCUGGCCCGGGAGCUGCUGACUGAGAGCUCGGAGCCUUUCUUCGUCCUUAAUAGCGACGUGAUCUGCGACUUCCCCUUCACAGACAUGGUGCGCUUCCACAAGCACCACGGCAAGGAGGGCUCCAUCGUGGUGACAAAGGUGGAGGAGCCCUCCAAGUACGGGGUGGUGGUGUGCGAAGCUGAGACGGGACGCAUCCACCGGUUUGUGGAGAAACCACAGGUGUUUGUCUCAAAUAAGAUAAAUGCCGGCAUGUACAUCUUCAACCCCAGCCUCUUGCACAGGAUCCAGCUGCGGCCCACCUCCAUAGAGAAGGAGAUCUUCCCGGUGAUGGCUCAGGAUGCGGAGCUCUAUGCUAUGGAGCUGCAGGGCUUCUGGAUGGACAUUGGGCAGCCCAAGGACUUUCUGACGGGCAUGUGCAUGUUCCUGCAGUCGCUGAAGGUCCAGCACCCAGAGAGGCUGCACGCGGGCCCUGGCUUUGUGGGGAACGUGCUGGUGGACCCAAGUGCUCAGAUCGGUGAGAACUGCACGAUUGGCCCCAAUGUCACCAUUGGGGCUGGGGUGGUGGUGGAGGAUGGGGUACGGAUCAAGCGCUGCACCAUCCUGAAAGGCUCCCGUAUCCGCUCUCACUCCUGGCUAGAGUCCUGCAUUGUUGGCUGGCUGUCGUCUGUUGGCCAGUGGGUGCGGAUGGAGAACGUGACAGUGUUGGGCGAGGAUGUCAUCGUCAAUGACGAGCUCUAUCUCAACGGGGCCAACGUGCUGCCACACAAGUCCAUUGCCGAGUCGGUGCCAGAGCCUCGCAUCAUCAUGUAGCUGCUGGGCCAGGCCAGCUCCCCUGCUACUGAACUGUUAACACUUUGGUUCCUGGAGCAGAGCCCUGCACACGGGGGGGGGGGGGGGUAUGGGAACUGGCUCUGCUGGCACCGCAUAGAGCAGUACUGGGCCCUCAUGGGCUGCUGGGCUCUGAGUCUGCUGUUGGGAGGGUCUGGGAGGGGGGGAAGGGAGCUCCAUGGUGGAGCAGCAGAAAGCAGGGAGCCACAGCUGCAACAUGCAUGGCUUGGGUGCUGGUAGGAGCCUGGUGUGCCACAGAGGGCCAGGCCUACAGGGCCCCACCCAAUACAAUUACACUGUCUAAAAGCGCU